UUUGUGUGUGGCUUACCAAGGUUACCAAGCUGGUGCAAAGCAAAGUAGGCAGCUUAUAUUUAGCCUUGUGAAUGGCGUGCUGUGGAUUAUGUCUUGGGCCUCUCAGGUUUCGUCUUUGAUGGGUUUUGGGAUGUGGAAGGGGGUUCAUGAGGAUUUGGAGGCAGCUCUUCAGAAGAAGUGUUCAUGGCCUCCUAGCCUUUCCCAGGCUGAGAAGUGACAGGCUAUUUGGACGGAACAGUUCAUAGGAAAAGUGGACCAAGAGAACAGCAACUUCAGCUGGACUACAGUGGGAUUCUGUCUCUGAUUGAGAUAUCGUUGGAUCACUUUUUUCCACCAGUCUAGCUGUAUAGAGGUUAAUAAGAUUAUAGAUCCGAUAUUGUCAUGGAUACAUUAGCAUUAGAGGCAAAAAAUGCAAAUGGGGAUGUAGAGAAAAAGUCUUCUUCAAGACCAAGACCAAAACCUCCCAAAAAGGCCAAAAGAAUAGUUUACUUUGAAGUGGAGAUAUUGGAUGCCAAGACAAAGGAGAAGCUCCUUCUGUUGGAUAAGGUGGAGCCAACAUCCACCGUUUUGGAUAUAAAGACUUUGUUUCACAAGUCAAAUCCAAAUGUGUACCCAGCAAGGCAGUCCUUACGCCUAGACCCAAAGGCCAAGUGCCUGAAGGAUGAAGAGAUUCUACAGACACUACCUGUUGGCACCACGGCCAGCUUCUACUUUAGUGACCUAGGAUCACAGGUUACAUGGGGAACUGUCUUCCUAACAGAGUGCGCUGGGCCACUCCUUAUCUACCUGAUGUUCUACUUCCGUUUGCCGUUCAUCUACGCACCAAAGUAUGACUUCACCAACAGCAAGCAUUGGGUGGUACACCUGGCCUGCAUGUGUCACUCCUUCCACUAUGCCAAGAGAAUACUGGAGAACAUGUUUGUCCAUCGCAUCUCCCAUGGAACUAUGCCAAUGAGGAAUAUAUUCAAGAACUGUGGCUACUACUGGUGCUUUGCUGCAUGGAUGGCCUACUACAUCAACCACCCUCUCUACACACCACCUUAUUAUGGAAAGCAACAGGUGAAGACAGCCCUCAUUGCUUUCUUGCUCUGUCAGCUGGGUAGUUUCUCCAUCCAUGUUGCUCUGCGCAACCUUAAACCCCCCGGUUCCAAGGUAAAGAAGAUACCAUACCCGACAAAAAACCCAUUUACAUGGAUUUUUGCAUUGGUUUCUUGCCCACACUAUACAUAUGAGCUGGGGUCCUGGAUGGGCUUCACGGUGAUGACACAGUGCGUGCCCGUGGCCUUCUUCACCAUUGUGGGCUUCAUCAGGAUGACCGUGUGGGCCCGAGGCAAGCACCGCAACUACCUUAAAGAGUUCCGUGACUACCCCACCCUGCGCUCCCCGAUUCUGCCCUUCAUCCUUUAGGGAGGACUGGCCCAGGCUGACACCCUCCCCAUGUCAGUGGUCAGACCCUCUGCUGUCACCACGGGGGGGGGGUCCCUGCUUCAGCAUGGCUGUCAGGUUCCCAGGCAUCUCUGACUGGACAGGAGAGUUAGGGACAUCACUGGGAGACCCCACGCGCCGUGGCUGUGACAGCUGCUGGACUGAAAGGAGCUAUAAGACCCUUUGAGGCCUAAAUGCAGAUGAGUCUUAAUGUGAGGAAAUGUUCUUGGUAAAAUGAGUGACAAGAAACAUCUCUCCAAUUUUUACUUUACUACUAUAAUUGCUGUUUUUUCAAAGAGUAUAGUUUGCAGCCUGCUUCUGUGGUGUAGAUGGUAUCUAAUUUGUAUUUCUGGUAUUUAAAAUGACAUCUUUUACUGUGAUUAAAUAGCAAACAUAGAUUAAGUAGGGCAACAUGUGAAUAUGUAGGUGACGGGGAUCUGGGACACUUUCUUUAGGUCUUGUUACAGCUUCUAAGUUUCACUGAACAGCUGACGACUGCUCACUCACUGUGUGACGUUUGGGUUUCAGACAGUAACACUAACCCAUUUAAAUAUUUAUUGUACUGAGGCUAACUUUAGACACAUAUGUAAUAAAUAUCAUGCUUCAAGUAA